CAAUAUGUCGAAUAUGUCCGUCGUGCGUUUCGUGCGCUAGUUUCGUUUGACUUCGGUAAAAGCAGGGAACUGUUGCAAAAAAUACGCUUACAGUGAUCGUGCGUUCACAUUUUAAAUCGCAAAGCACAUUUACGUCAAAAUCUCUAUUUAAAUGCGUCUCUCAGCGAUUUAGAUAAACGAAUUACGCGAUAGAUAAAACUUAAAUAGACAUUAAAGUUCUAAAUGGCAGAGGAAGAAAGGGUGCCUCUUUCAGAAAAAGAUGACACCCAAUCAAAUGAUACCACCCAAUCAAAAGAUGCUUAUGUACCGGAAGAACCAACUCCGGAUACUUCAAUUUGCUUAUCAGACAUACAAAUGCCAGAAACACCAGAGAGUACCAAAGGACAAAUAAGCGAUGGAGAUACAUCUAGAUUAGAGAGUCCAAAGGCAGUAAAACCAGUACUUGGAAAAAUUCAAGCAAAAAAACGAUUAAUGGCAUUUGCUAAUCAGUUUAAAGUAUUAUCCAAGUCCCAAAUUAAAUCAAAUUCGCAGCAUUCCACUGGAGUUUUAAAAACAAAAGAUAAAACAACACAAGAUGAUACAAAUACAAAUAAAUCACGAAAAAAGACAGAAGAAAAGAUUCUAGCAAUUGAAGAAAUUCGAAGAGAAGAAUCUAAAAGUAAAAUGUUGGCCAUGGCAUCCAUGGCAGCAGCAAGUAUGGAAGACGAAAAUCACACUGGCAAGAAUAUAUCUGAUUUACUGGAGAGUAAAAAGCAUGGGAAAAGAAGCAAAUACGAAGGAAUAAACGAAUCUCGUAAAAAUAGAUCAACAAUAAACCGAAAAUAUUCAGAAAGGCACCGACAUCGUGACAAAACUGAUAGAGGUAGCUCGAAUCGAGAAGUAAAAGAUCGAAAUGAAAGUACUGAACAUUCUACACAAAAAUCAUCUCAAGACAGAGACACACGUAAGAAAGAUAAGAAAAGGAAAGAAGAUAAAGAUAGGCGAGAUGAUAGCAAAGUGGAUAUAAGUCGUGAUAAGAAAGAAGAAGAAAAGGAUAGAAAAGAAAAUGAAAAAGAGAAACGAGAAGAGAUAAAAGAAAAAAAAGAAGGAACAAAAAGUAAGAAAGAGAAUAUAAAAGACAAACGAAAUAAUACGUUGGAAAUGGAAGUUGAAAAUAAGGACAAGAAGGAAAAAGCUAAAGAUAGAUGGAAAGAAAAAGAAUUAUCAAAGUGUAAAUCUUGGAUGGAAUUACAAAAAUCUGGUUUAACUCUUGAUGACAUCAAUCAUCUUAGAAGACGUGAAAAUAUAGAAAGAUCUGUAAAAAAUAGAACAGCACAAGAUUAUGCGCGUCAUCUCGAACAUAUGUUAAUGUUAAAUAAUCAUCAUCUCAAACGUCAAGCUCUAAUAGUUGAAGGACUUGAUGGACCUAAAAAAUAUCCACCUGAGUCGAUUAAAACGACAAAACGAGCAAAGGGAGCUCAAUUAUUGUAUUGUGAAAAUCCACGUACUUCCCUUUUCUUAUGCACUUCUCAACUUCUACAAGCUGUGUCCCCAGAACGUCGUCAAAAAAUACGAGACAUAUGCGAAGCAUCUUCAUCACAAUUUGAUACAGAAGACAUAACGCCACAAAUGCGUAAUUGGUAUCAGCAAAUAAAUGCAACCAAGUAUCAUAAAGAUACUAAGUGGCAAGUGACUGUACAACUUCCUAAGUCAAAAUGGGACAGUGAAGAUGAAGAAAUGACAUCUGUCAAUGCAAAAAAAGAAGAGAUUGAAAAACCAAUAAAUAAAUUACACAUUUCUGUGGUUCAACAAGAGAGAUGUUCCACAUCCUCUAGCACUAUUGAUAAAGUUGAUACUAAUGCUGAAGACAUUAAAGAAGAUAAUGAAUCUAGUGAAAAGACAAUUGACAAUACAACGACAAAUGACGAAGCUUCAAAAUCUCCUUUACAAUCCACAGGAGAUGAAAAACUAGCUUCAGAAUAUGAACAAUUUAUGAAGAUGGUAUGCACUGUAACUGAUGUAACUAAGGAAUAUUUGCCAAAGAAAAACAUUGCUAAAACUGCUUCCCCACAUAGUUAUCAUGAAUUCAAUAUAGAAUCUAAUUUGGCAGAAGAUAACACGGAUAUCGAAAUAUUGAAAGAAAAAAAAGAUAAAACUUCAGAAGAAUCAAUAAAGAGUACAGAAUGUGAGGAGUCCACUAUAUCCACAGAUUGUCAAAUACAGAUUAAUGAGAAUAAUAUGCAAAUUGAGCACACAAACAGCAUCGACGAAUCUGAAGAUUCUAAAUCAAUACCUAGUGAUUGGGAAAACGUUAGAAUCAAAGUUGAACGAUUAAGUGACGAGAAUACUGAAUCGAGAGAAAUUAAGAAAAAGAAAAAACAAAAGAAAGUAAUGUCCAGCAGUGAUUCGUCUAGUAGUACUAGCUCUUCAGAUUCAGAAAAAGAAAAGAAAAGAAAGAAACGCAAACGGAAAAUAUUGAGUAAUUCGUCUUCCUCAGACUCCGAUAGCACAGACAGUAGUAGCAGUAGUACCAGCGAUUCCAGUAGCUCGGACGAGAAAAGGAAAAGAAGGCGGAAGAAGAAGACAGUUGGAAAGAAAAGAAAGAAGGCAAAACGUGCACGAAUAAAGAAAAAACGAAGGAGGAAGAUGAUCACUGAUUCCAGCAGCAGCGAUUCAGACCAAUUAGAUCAACGUAUAAAGAAAAAGAAGAAGAUUAAGAAGAAGAAAAAAGAAGCUAAAUCUAUUAAUAAUGGAGAUAUAAGCAAGAUCAUAUCCAAGUCUCCUGUUUCAUCUUCAGGCGAGACAAAGAUAUUACACUCAGAAACUUCAAUAAAGAAGGUUAAAGAAGAAACUAUGGUAAAAAAUAAAAAAAUAGCUGAUGAAAUUACAUCAACGAGAAAAACCAUUACUAAUAUGAAUAUACAUGAUAAUGAAUGCAUGAAGCAAUGGGAAGUGGAUUCCAUGAUUACAUUGCAGUCAAAUGAUGGUGAAUCAAGCCAGGAUCAUACUGAUGAAUUGGGAAAGAUAGAUGGCUCUGAAAAAAGUACACAUCGAAGGAAAAGAAAACGUAGUCGAGAUGUGCAAGACAAAGAUAGAUCAUCUAAAGAAAGAAUUCAAGAAGGAAAAGAAAGAUCAGAUGAGGAACUUGAUGUGAAAAGAAAAAAGAGAAGAGAGAAAGAUAUUAGAAGCAGCACUGAGUUUCUUGCAGACUGGGAAAGAGAAGGUGAGCGUAUUAAUCAGCAAAUAAUACAAAACGAAGUUAAAUUUUCAAAAAAAUUGGAAAAAAAACAGAAGAAAGAAAAAUGGGGAGAAACAGAUUUUGAUACAUUGAAUGUACCAUCUUUGACACAGCUUGAAAAAGAGGUAUGCCAAAAACAACUUCUAGCUGAUGAGUGGGAAGUGGAUAGUUUGGAAGCAAUAGCAAUAACAGAUCUGACUUUAAGUAAACGGAAAAGUAAUCAAAGUAUAUUAAAAAAGUUGGAAAAGGAAGUCAGAUAUGAUGAAAAAACGGACACUUAUAUUGCAAUAGAAAAGGAAAGUGCGAAAGAAAUGAAAAAGAGACAAGAACGUUUGUGUGCAAUAAGAAUAUGGGAAGAAGAACAAGAAGAAGGUGAAAAAGAAGAGAUGAUGCUCUUAAAACAGAAAAAUAAGCAUAAAAAGGAUGAUUGGGAUAUAGAAGAGGAAUCAUUUUUAUGUAAAAAUAGUGAAGAAAUAGAAAUCUGUAAUGACAUUGUCGGGAUAGAGAAAGAAUGGAUUAAAUCAAGUGAUGAUACAAAUGUCAAGGAAGACUCAAAUAAAGAAAUAAAACUUGAAUCAAUUGGUUCUAAGCGAGUUAGAAAGAGUCGUUGGGAUAUGGGUUCACAUUCUGAAGAAAAAUCAGAAACUAAAGAUAUAUGGGAGGAAGAAUAUCCGGAAUGGUCCAAGAUUAAUAAAUAUGAACAGAAACAUGAAGAAACAGAAAAAGAAGAUUCACAUAUUGCAACUUAUUCAGAGAACUCUAGAGAAGAUCAGAGACCUAAAGAGAGAUCAGUUAAAUCUGAUCUGAUAGAUUUUUAUCAUAAAAAAUCGCAAAAUAGAGAAUCAUUAGAAAGAACAUGGACGGCAGAGGAAAUGGCAACUAGACCGAUGCAAACAAAAAAUGUAGAAGACGCAUCAAUGAAAAAUUUAAUUUCUGUGAAAACAAGCAAUGAGCAGAUUGUGUCUAUCAAAGAGCAUCAAGCUAGAGAUCAGUUUAAAGAAAUGUUGGAUUUGAAAAAACUUACAGAGAAAACCAUAGAAUUAUAUAGUCCUAGCUCUCCAGCACUUUCUCAAAAGUCUCAAGACAUAGAAGGAUCUAAUGACAGCAGUAGCUCUAUUUCUUUACCUUGUAAGAAAAGGAGAAAAGAGAUGUUGACUGCAACAGAAGAAUUACCAAUUCAUACUGCUGGUAUACCGUUGCAAUUAACAAAACUGCGUGAUACUAAACAUGUAACAAAAGAAAAGAUUGAAGAUAUUUUGGACAAAGUACAACUGGAGGAUAAAAGCUCCGCUCAUAAAUUUGACAUUAAAAAAACUGACAACUUGUUCGAUGAUUUAUCGAUAAAUGAAUUGUGUUCGGAAGCACACUCUCAGUCAGUAUGUAUGGAUAUUUUUGCCGAAUAUGGAUCAGAAGGAUCACGUAGUAAACAACGUGUUAAAAAUUCAAACAUAAGUUCGACAACACAUAUAAAAGAUGAUGAAACGAAUGCAGAAAAAACUGCACUUAAACUUAUUCCUAAACAGCUUCUGAUACGACGUACUAAUGAACAAAUAAAACCGACAAAACGUAUCUUAGAGGCACCGUUACAAGAUCCUGCUCAGCAUGCGGCGGCACUAUUGACAAUACAAAAGAAACUGCUACAAUCACACGUAUUAGAAAAUGAUAUUCAAAAAUUGCCGAAUGAAGAAUCAAUGGAUCAAUUUAAAUCAACGUAUAACGCGGAAAGUAAUAACAAAGUCGACAAAUUAUUAGAUACAACUGAAUUCGCUGUGGCUUCCAAAUCAUCGAUAAUAGCAAUACGACAAUCCCCAGUUUCGGAAAAGCCAAUCUCCGUUCGAUCUGGACAGUCUGAAAAUUACAACAACAGAGAAAGUAAGAGCGAUGACGUAAAAAAAUAUAAAACAAGUAGAAAUCUAAGUGAUAUUAAUGUCCCAUCGGAUGUACGAUCUUCUAGAGAACGUAGAAAAAGAAGUCCUAGUAAGAAACAAAGCGAAAAACGAUAUUCGCAUGAUUACAGUAAAGAUAAGAAAGAAAGGAGAUCUGACGAUGGAGAAAAAUCCGACAAAAGAGACAAUAAAAGUUUCAAAACGGACUUCGCCGAUAGCCGAAGAAAAUCGAGUCCUUCACGAGGAAAGAGAAAAAGGAGCGGCAGUCCAUAUGCUUCGUGGGAACGGCAAGGAAGCGGCAGUAGAAGUCCCGGUCACAGUUGGAGCAGAAGUCGCAGCAAGAGCCCGAAGAGGAAAGACGAGGCUACUACCAGUAUGCGAGAUAGAGAGAAAAAGAGAGAGAUGAGAUACGACGAUGAGCGAUCAAAUAGAUCGCGAACAGAUGAGAGAAGAGAAAGAUAUACGCGCUCUUAUAAUGAAGAUAACUUCAAGAAGCAUGGUUCUGUAUCCUCUAAAGGUAAUCGUGAAGAUUGGGGUAGAAAAAGAUAUGAUAACAUGGAUAUAGAUCAUGAGAAAGAUGUCAGAUCUUAUGAUCCAAUGGAGUUGUUAAGAGAGAGAACGAUGGAAUCUGAAAAAUAUAGAGAUAACAGAUUUCAUACAGAAGAAUUAGGUCAUGCAUUUUGGCAGUAUGAAAAUAACAGUAUCUUGCGAGAUGGCAAUGAAUCUGUGGAUUCUUAUGCCACUGGACAAGAUCUGCCUGCCGAAUGUGACGAUCGAACGUAUUAUGGAGAAGAAAGUCUGGAAAGGGACAUGACACAAUGUUCGCCCCAACCACUGCCGAAAUAUAGGAGAAGUCAAGGUAGAUCAAGAAGAGAUUGGCAAUGGGAAAAGGAUAAAGAUUCAAUUUCUGAUCGUUAUGGACAUAGAUUACGAAAUCGAACACCGCCGCGCUCGAGAUAUUCGCCAAUGCGACAGGAACGAUUUAGACGAAAAUCCAAAUCGCGUUCAAGAUCUUGGUCGCAAUCGAGGUCGCGGACACGAUCUAGAUCACGUUCUAGAUCAACAUCAAGAUCAAGACCGAGGAUGAGAUCACGGUCAAGAUCAAGAAGUAGAUCUCCAUUAGAUCUAAGAUCCAGAGCAAGAUCGAUCUCUAUGUCAAGAUUGAGAAGCCAAGAACGUGGAUUGAGAAUGUCCGAAUUGCGGUCUUCUAGAUCUCCCUCGCCUGGAAGGAGUAGACUGAAUGAAAUAAAUAGAGAAAGAAAGGACGAUGAUGAAAACAGAAAACUUUGUGGUGAAAGAGGUAGACGUAUAGAGACUAUAGUUCAGUCGGGGGUCGCAUCGGGAACGAAUAUCUUAGAUUCAGAAAUGAGUAUUAGUGGCAAUAUGGAUGCAGCAAAUUUCCAAUAUCUAAAUGAAAUUGAAGGUGGAAAUGAAUAUUAUUAUACAGAAAAUAAUUUAACUUAUCCUCCUUGUAUAGAUGAAUCAACCACUAGUUCUCCAAAACGCUUAUCCCUUGAUGAUAGGUUAGAAUUGGAAUUAGGUAUUAAGAAACAACAUAAUAAAGAAUCCACUGGAGUAUCUUCAGAUUAUUCUAAUUUCAAUCCUAAUGUUAUUGCAUAUCCGUCUCCUCCACAACAACAGCAACAACAAAUGAUGUACAGACAACAGCCUACUGUUCUACAAGUUGGAAAUGUUUUACAAGUAGUUCCUGCUGACUUCAACGGAAUGCAAUCGUCACGACGAGAAGUGCCUGCAGUCUGUACGACUCCACCUGUGCGAUCCGGAUCUAGUCAGGUCGUUCGCGUAGGUAAUGUUCUCCAAGUAGUACCCACGUCGUUAGAUUGGAGCGGCGGCCAAUCGACGACCGCGGAUCAAUCGAAUGGGCUUUUGUAUUCCUCAGCAGUGCCGACACCUUCGCCGUCGGCAUCUUCAGUUCCCAUGUCUUCAGUACCCGUUCCUGUUCCAGUUCCAUUGCCUGUUCCCCCUACUGGUACGAAUACUCUUACUCCUGUCCCGACUGUCGCACCUGCUGCUCCAUUACAGCUACCAUUGCCAAUACCUGUUCCCGUACCGGUCCCAAUUCCUCCUGCAGCAGCAACAGUGUUUCCGAGAAAUGAAAUUCAAUCACAAAAGAUAGUCCAACCCGUGUAUAAUUAUGAAGCUAUACUCGAGACACGCCGCAAAGAGCGGGAGGAGCGUAAAAGACUACGCGAGUUACGCAGAAAAGAGAAAGAACGCAAAAGAAUAGAGCGAAUUAAUCGACGAGCUCUGCGAUUACUGGAACAGAAUAAUAUUUCGCGACCAGCAGGUGAGAUCUUGUUGGAUCGUCGUAAGGGUUCUGUUGUGGAUCCAUCGGUUUUAAAAGCAUUAAAAGAAGGAGAAGAACAAGCUGAAGCUGAAUCCCCAUCCCAGAAUAAUUCUAUAAAAGAAGAAGAAGAGGAGGCAACAGUAUCUAUAAAAGAGGAAGACGAAGACGUUGCCGCCGAUGAAGACGAAGAUGACGAUGAAGACGAGGCUGAAGCCGAAGCGGAAGAUGAUGAAGAGGAGGAAGAAGAAGCGGAGGAUGAGGAUGAAGAUGAUAAUGACGAUGACGAGAAAUCACAAAUGAUUAAUCAACGAACCGAAGUUGAUGAAGUAACAAUGCCCGCUGAUAUGAAUAAAGAUCAAGCGGAAAUCGAAACUAUAAAAGAAUGGCCAGAAUUACCACCUCCGCCAUUAAAAGGCAUUUUAAUUGCACCAGGAUUUAGAAGAGACUCAAUUCCCAAUGGCAAUUUGGAUGAUUUAGCGGAUACAGAUAAUGAUAUCAAGAGCAAUAGCGACAAUGACGAGGAGGUGGAUAAGAAUAACGAAUGUAACAAAGAUACGGGACUCGAUGUCAAAUCUGGUAAAUCAGCAAAACUAUUGAAAAAAACAAACAAAAAAUCGGUUCAAUUUGCUGAUGGUAUAAAGCCUGGUGAAGGUACAAGUCCCAGCGGCGGUGAAGGCGACAUGCCUUCACCACCACCUCCCAAAAGAACAGAUUUACGUGAAGGGCUCAAGGAUUUGAGAAAAGACAAAAUUUACAGUUCACGGAAGAGUAGAAAGCAAGAAAAAAGAACAAGAUUACCAAAAACAAAAAAGAAAGUCAAGGUGAAGAUAAUCAAGUUGAAAAAACCGCGCGUUACCCCUUUAACAGCCAUGAUGAUGGAUGAUUCUGAUGAAAUGGAUGAUCGUUCGCCACCGCCACCGCCUCCUGGUUCUCCACCGCCACCACAUCUCUGGCCCAGCUAUCUCUCAGUUUACAAUACAACGGUUCGAACAAUCGAACAACCGCAGACUACAACUCCCACCUUGACAUCUGUUCAAGCUCCACCACCGCCGACUCCAUUGCCUCUUCUGGUCCCGCCUCCUCCGCUAAACUAUACCAUUCAACCUUGUAGUAAAGCUUAAGAUUCAAUCAACCACAAAUUUUGCGAAUUCUUUUGAUACUGACCAUUUUUUCCUCAUAACGUAUGAUAGAUUUGAGGAUUGGAUAGUCAAAGCGAAAAUUGUACAUUAUGCUAAAGUUGAUACUUCAAUAACAAAAUUAAAAAUAAGAAAGACAAACGUUGUUGCGGAGAACAUGCAUUGAUAUUGUAAAUAUGAUCAUUAUUUCUCCCGACCAAGAGAGAUCGUUAUAAAUCUUAAUCCAUUGCGUCCGUAAUUUUUAGUAACUUAUACAGUAUUUCCUUGUUAACAGAAAGAUUUUUUGUUUUAUUCAUAGGUUAUUUUCUUUCCCUUUUCUCUUCCUCUUUGUACAAGUGAAUCUU